AUGAGGCAGGCGACGUUCUACUGGUAUAUCUUGGCCGCCACCUUCGUUGAGAUGUGGACGAAGAAGAACCGGGACAGAUUGCGCAAGAUCCUGGUAGAAAACCACCCGGAGUAUGAGAAGGAAUCGGAAUCGAAGGAGGUUUCGGAGCUCUUCAAGGAUGUUUGGGACCAGAUACAGCUGGACCUGCAGGAGCCCGUCGAUGUGCAGGCAUGGUGGCUGAUGCGCCAGUACAUGCACAUCGAUUUCAACGACGAAUCGGCUAGCAUGGACUUCUGCGGCAUCGCUGUGGUGGUGCUCAUGUUCAGCUUCGCUGUGGCCGGAUUCCUCGUCUGGAUCAACAACGAGAUUGAUCAUGGCACGUUUGGGCUCUUCCUCCUCAUCUUCCUUCUGAACCUCUUCCUGAUUGGCAUUAUGAACUUCGCCUUUACAGCUUGCAUCCAGCAGAACCUGCUCUUGGAGCGGGAUGCCCGGGUCCUCGUCGAUGCCACGCUGAGCACGCUGAUGAAGCCCGGUACCGACUCUGAGGCCGUCAAGAAGAAAGACGAGGUCGCGUCGCUACACCAGGCCAUUCAGAGAAAGAUUGAGCUGUACGACGAUAAACAGCGACUAUUUGGGAUCGAGGUCACCGCCAACUUGCGCAACUCUCUCCUGCUUUAUGCCGUCUCCACGGCCAGUGCGGCCGUGUGGAAGUUCAUUGCUGACCUUAGGGGCGACGUCCAUGAUGUCUGA